AUGUCAGCGGCAGGACAGACGAGCGGUAGCCGAGACAUACCGGCCGUGAGGCGGGUCGCCGUUCUGGAGGCUGCCCACAUGCCCCACGAAUAUUCCACGACCCCCGGGGGAACGGUGUUUAGCACUACGCCUGGAGGAACCCGAAUCAUCUACGACAGGAAGUUCCUGCUUCAGUGUCGCACUUCUCCUCUGGCUCGCACGCCUCCGAAGCUCCCGGACAUUCCGGGAGUCACCAGGCCACUCAAACGAGAGUCCUCCACUGAGACCAGCCAGCCGGAGGCGAGCGAGAUCGGUACCACUGAACACAGCCGACAUACUGAGGUUGCAGGAGACGAUGCCCAAUUCGAAAUGGACAUUUGA